UCUCAUGUGGUGCGUUCAGGACACCUCGUAAAGGCAAUUUUCACGCGUUUAGACAACAUGGCAGCUGUUCCAAUGAGAACGUGGAGAUAUUUGACCACGGAGAGUUUCUAUACCUGGAUAUUUCUUUAUUUGCUCUUAUUCAUUACUAUAGAAACAGCCGCUGCUGCUCCAGAGACGGGAUUAUGGAAAAUUACUGCUUUAAGUACCUCAAGACCGCUACUGUUAAGAAAAUCCAUGUUCAAAGACACUAACAUUGAAAUGAAAGUUGUGUCAUUUGGCUGUCCUGAGGAUGUGACAUUCACCAUCCAGUGGUAUUUGAAAUACUACCCCUGCCACAAUGAUUUCAAUAACAUUGAAGAAAUGUAUGAGCGAACACCGCUGAGUCGUGGGCAGAGCCUUGAUCCGAAUCCCCUUGUACAAGGAGAGUACAUCGAGCAUAAACACAAGCCUAUAAUGUGUAACAGUGAACUGCGCUCCUUUCCAACAUUUAAAAAAGCCAAGGCGGAACCCCGACCUGUCAGUCCACAUGUUGAGGGACAAGUGUUGGAUGAAAGUGACAUCGGGUGGAUUACUGAAGAGUACGACAGUGACACAGUGACAAGCAGCGGUACAACGGUCAAAGACAAUGUCAUAGCCUCCACAUGGACUGAUGGACCUUACCUACUCGUGGUGAAAAUUGUGCCCAGUAAACAAGAUGUUAACUGGAAUUUAACUAUGAAUGUGGUGAUGAAAGGCAGGCAUGGCUACAUUUCCAUCACAGAAUACCCUCUCAUGAUUUUUUACAUGGUUAUGUGCGUGGUCUACAUCCUGUUCGCUCUGUUGUGGUUCACUUGGGCUGCCUGCUACUGGAAAGACAUACUGAGAAUCCAGUUUUGGAUUGCCGGCGUUAUAUUCCUAGGUAUGGUGGAGAAGGCGGUCUUCUGCGCUGAAUAUGAAAACACCAAUGCUGUAGGCUCUGCUUCUCCAUGCCUGCUGAUUUUUGCUGAGCUGGUCUCGGCCCUCAAGAGAACUAUAGCCCGAUUGCUUGUCAUCAUUGUCAGCCUAGGCUAUGGCAUUGUAAAGCCUCGAUUGGGGACAGUAAUGCACAGAGUGGUUGGUCUCGGAGUUCUCUACUUAGUCUUUGCUGCAAUUGAAGGUGUACUGAGGAUAACUGGGGCAAAAGACUCUGACUUGGCCCUGCUGGCCAACAUUCCCCUGGCUCUGCUUGACUCCUCUCUAUGCUGGUGGAUUUUUGUCAGCCUGGCUCAAACCAUCAAGACUCUGAAGCUGAGAAAAAACCCAGUCAAGUUAUCCCUCUACAGGCACUUCACAAACACACUCAUAUUUGCAGUCAUUGCUUCCAUCAUUUUCAUGGGUUGGACAGCAAAGAAAUUUCGUCUAGCAGAUUGCCAGUCGGAUUGGGUUGAGCUGUGGGUGGAAGAUGCUUUCUGGAGGUUUUUGUUCUCUCUCAUUCUACUUGUCAUAAUGUUCCUAUGGAGACCGUCUGCAAACAAUCAAAGGUACGCUUUCACACCUCUCAUUGAUGACUCAGAUGAUGAGGAAAUCGAGGAAUUUAUUGCCUCUGCAAACAUUGCUGAUGGCAUUAAACUGAGAGGCACCAAAAAUGAGGCAAAUAGUGCAGUGACAUCUCCAGAAACAAACCCGGAAGAGGACUUGAAGUGGGUUGAGGAAAACAUUCCAAGCUCUCUCACUGAUGUAGCCCUUCCUGUUUUGCUUGACUCUGAUGAGGAAAGCAUGACGACCAAGUAUGAGAUGUCCAAGCUGGAGUGAGGGGAAACCUUCAAAGCUGUCAGUGGAGGAUGAGGGGCCUACUCGCGACUCUGCAGUUGUCUUCUGUGCACAGUUGCAUCUUAUUACUGGUGGCAGGUAAUGGUGGAGCUCUACUAAUGACCUUCCACCAUCUAAACUGUUUUUUCCCCUCUCAACAACUGGUUCAUCUUUGCCCUGACAGAAUCAGUUUGAGCCUUUCUUUCCAAAGAGAUGAAUUGAUUUUAUAUUAUGUGCUGUAUUUAUUUGCGUUAUGUCUACUUUACAGGUGUUUUUCUACAAGUAAGAACAGAGGGCCUCAUGCAUGAACAUACUCAAAGACACACAAUGUGUUUUUGAGGUGUUUCAAAUGAGAUUAUUUAUGAAGAUAGGGAUAGUUAGAUAGACAACAGGAAUUAAACUUUUAUCUCAUUGAUUUAAAGUGGGAUUUAGCAAACAUGCAUGUUUCAUGUACUGGUGAGACAUGAUGUUGAGAUGACAACAUUGGAAGAGAACAUUUUGCGUCUAUGCACUUUCACCAUCAAAACUGUGCCUACGUGUCAUUCUUGUAUGAGGCCUGAUAUUCCAAUAGUCUCAGUGUUGAUGUGUCAGUUAGUGUGUGAUUGGGAAGACUGAAAAUCUACAUCAUUUGUACAAUUAAACCACAAGCGGGUUCAGUAGUUAAUUAAAGGAGCGGGUGGACUUGUGUGUCUUUGGAGCAAUAUACUGUAUGUCUAAGGAAUUUUGUAGCUUCAUUCUUAUUUAUUUAUGAUGAAAGUGUACUUAAAAGUUGUGUUCGCCAUUUCUCUGUUCACACUGUCUUCUUCAGAGCUGUAUUGGGCAAACGCCAAUUUGCUUUUUUCUUGACCAAGUUUGCGUUCUGUGCUUAUUUACACAAACACCUUAACAUUCUCGUUUAUUUGUUCCUGUUUUUUUUUUUUUAAAUGUCUGCUGGGUGGUGCUGUCAUUGUAGUUUGGAGUAUAAGAGCACUGUUGUCAUGUUGUGUGUGAUGCUUUCAUUGGUUAGCAAAAGCACAAGCUGAUCACCUCCAGAGGAUUAUAAUAUUGUAAUGUCAAUGUUCACAAUAGUUUCCUUUUCAGGGGUUGUCAGAAACAGAGAAUGUGUUUAUGAUGGCCAGCAGUCAUUUGAUUGGUUGAUUGGUUUGAUUGAUUUACAGACACCUGCACCUUGAAUAUUUGUACAGAUGCCUGAUUUGUUCUUUGCCAUAAUUAUGCCUGAGUUAUAAGUGGCUAUACUUGAGUUUUCCAUGUUGGGAAGUGUUCAAAUAAGAUAUACAGGAGUAUGUUGGUUUCCUGGACUAUAAUUUGGUCUGUUUUUACUGCAAUAAAAGGAAUUAUUUUA